CAAAAAUGGCGAACCGCACGGUGAAAGACGCGAAAUCUAUUCGGGGUACAAAUCCUCAAUAUUUAGUAGAAAAGAUCAUAAGAUCACGCAUAUACGAUUCUAAAUACUGGAAGGAAGAAUGUUUCGCUUUAACCGCAGAAUUACUCGUCGACAAAGCCAUGGAAUUGAGGUAUAUAGGCGGCGUGCAUGGUGGCUUCAUAUAUCCUACCCCUUUUCUGUGUUUAGUUUUAAAAAUGCUUCAAAUUCAACCUGAAAAAGACAUCGUCGUUGAGUUUAUAAAGAACGAGGAGUUCAAGUAUGUGCGCGCUUUAGGCGCAUUCUACAUGAGACUGACUGGAACAUCAGUAGAUUGCUACAAGUAUUUAGAGCCUCUGUACAAUGAUAACCGUAAGUUGAGGCGCCAAAACAGGGAAGGUCAGUUUGAAAUAGUUCAUAUGGACGAGUUUAUAGACGACUUGCUCCGUGAAGAACGGCUUUGUGAUGUUAUUCUGCCUAGAAUACAGAAACGGCACAUAUUAGAAGAAAACAAUGAACUGGAGACGAAAAUAUCGGCUUUGGAUGAUGAUUUGGAUGAAGAAAUGCCUUCAGAUGAUGAAAAUGUUGAGGGAGAAAGUAAGGAGAAUAAUAAACGGGAUAAAGAGAAGAGAGACCGGGAUAGAAGAAGAGAUAGAUCACGAGAACGCGAUAGGCGCGAGAAAGAUCGCAAACGAGAGCGAUCAAGAAGCAGAGACCGCGAUCGUCGACGCGAGCGAGACAGGGAGAGGGAAAAGGACAAAGAGAGGGAAAAAGACAGAGAUAAAGAACGAGAGAAGGAUAGAGAUAAGGAGAGGGAGAGAGAACGCGUGCGCGACCGUGACCGGGAACGAGAGAGGAGAGAAAGACAUGAGGCAGAAAGAAGGAGAGGACGUUACUAGGUUAAGGAUUAGCAAUAAAUGCACUUCUAAUUUAAA